GCUUGUGGUAUAGCCAUGGCCGUGCGGCAGCGUACCAUGCGCGGUUCACGAGGCAGAGGCUAGCAAGUGUCCGGCGGGAGUCGGGCUCGGACCAGUAGGCGGAGGGGUGGGAGGAAGGGAGAGCCUUGGGCGCAAAUUGACAGUCCGUCUGCAGUAAAGGGUCGAGCGAGCACUCCCAGGGGGGCAAACAAGCGGCGUAGACAUAGGCGCUGAUCGCGAAGAGGAGCUCGACGGGGUAUUCCUUUGCGUCGAGAGACAUCUUGGUAAGAGGCAAGACGCGAUGAGGGCGAAUGCAGAGUCAUAGCAUCCGGGCCUUAUAUAUGCCUUCCGGCGACUGCACGUGGAAACGGCGAACACUCCUUCCAAAUCAGGAGGCGGCACUUGUAUUAUGUCGUGAUCGAUCGUCGCGUGCUUUCCCCGCACCCCAGCCUUGCCCUUCUCCUCGUCCCUGCCCCAACUCGCGCCUCGGGUCUUGGCGUCUGCAGGGGCGAAGGACGCUGGCGAGCAUGCCUGCAAUAUGCUCACAAUGCAGGUUGCACGCCCGGUCCAGGUUUCAGUGUUCUUUGCAGGAGACACGGGUUAGCUCCCGUGACGGGGUUGUUAGGGCCUUCAUGCGUCCACCGACUGUCUUGCUUUCCCGAGCAGAACGUGCAUGCGCCGGCGGACACUCAUUCCAUCAAUCAGGCCACCGCGCAAUUCCGCGAAGUCACCUUGUAGCUAAGUCGGGUGGGCCAAGUCUGGCGUCGAAGACCGCGGUCGGAGAGUCGACGCACUGCGCAGGAAGAACAGCAUCACGUCGAAGGCCGCUUGCUACAUUUCGCCCGCCAGUUCAGUCGUGAAUUGAGGCCACGGAUGGCGUAGCCUCCGGCCUAAGAUGAAUGGGUCGUGUGUGGGUCGUCAUGCUUGCGCAAAAGCGGACGUCCCGGGAGCCAUGUAGCACGCAAGAGACAUAAGCGUCCAGGUUCGUAGCGGUGGGAG